UUCCCAUGGCGGCCAUCCUCCCUGCAUUGCCUCACCAUACAUCCUGGUGGAGUGGUGCUGGUGAAGGCCACAGUAGGGCUGCCCUCUUGCUUCUUCCUCCACUGGGAAUCUUGGCUGGGCUCCCAGCUUCCUCCUUUCAGUCCCAGGCAGAGAGGUUGCUUUGGCUUGGCCUCUGCUGGAGGCAAAGGACUCUUUGUAUUUGUUCAUAGAAACAUGUUCUGCCCUCCCCGUAUGGUUGGAUGGAGACUCCUAGUAUUCCUUGCCACUGGUUGUGCUGGCUAGGACUGCUGGGACUUGGAGCUUUGACCAUCCCUGGGCUUUUUCCCUUGUUACUGACCUACAUUAGAGACAAUGAACUUGGGCAUCGUUGAGGGAAUAUCUUCAUGCCAAAGGGGUUGAGCUGCCGCGUCCCUUGGCUAGUGUUAGUUCUCCAUCCCGUUAUAGCAGCAGAAUGGGUCAUGGCCCCUCUGUGGCUGCCAGCCUUGGACAGCUGCCCCAGAACCAUAAUACAAGAGCCUUCCCCUCUUGGUGCCAAGGGGCUGCUUAGCCCAGAACACACACAGACACCCAGGUGCCUCCAUGGCGGGAGAUUGGAGCUGAUCUUCUUUGGGCCUCAGCUUGGAUUAUUGCAAGGGGAGUGUGCCGCCUCUGGUCCCCAAAUCCUUUGGCUCCCUGCAAAAACCUAGGAUGCACCAGUCAGAAAGUCCUCCUUUGACUUUAUGUUCCUUUUAAGUGCUGCUGCUUGAAUCGUUUCUCUUCCAGUCUCUUGUCCCAGUCAGAGCCAUGCAGCCACUUCUCCUGGCAAGGAAGUUCAGCCUUGCAGCCCUAGCACUGAGAUCUCUUCUGGAACCAGGAGACACAAGACAAUGAAGCUGUUGGAAAAUUCCCGAUUUGAAGCCAUAAACUCCCAGCUGACGGUGGAGACAGGAGAUGCACACAUUAUUGGCAGGAUUGAGAGUUACUCUUGCAAGAUGGCUGGUGAUGACAAGCACCUCUUCAAGCAGUUCUGCCAGGAAGGCCAGCCGCACGUCCUCGAGGCGCUCUCGCCACCCCAGACCACGGGGAUCAGUCCGAGCAGGCUCAGCAAGAGCCAGAGUGGGGACGAGGAGGGGCCCCUCAGCGACAAAUGCAGCCGCAAGACCCUCUUCUACCUGAUCGCUACCCUCAACGAGUCCUUCCGCCCCGACUAUGACUUCAGUGCAGCCAAGAGCCACGAGUUCAGCCGAGAGCCCAGUCUCAACUGGGUGGUGAAUGCCGUGAACUGCAGCCUCUUUUCUGCUGUGCGGGAGGAUUUCAAUGCCCUGAAGCCACACUUGUGGGACGCGGUGGACCAGGAGAUCUGCCUCUCUGAGUGUGACAUCUACAGUUACAACCCGGACCUGGACUCAGACCCCUUUGGAGAGGAAGGCAGCCUGUGGUCCUUCAACUAUUUCUUCUACAACAAGCGGUUGAAACGGAUUGUCUUUUUCACCUGUCGCUCCAUCAGUGGCUCCACAUAUCCACAUUCUGAGGCUGGAAAUGAGUUGAACAUGGACCUGAGUGAAGAUGAUGCAGAGGAGACGGUGGAAGCGUGUGACCAGGAUGGUGGCAGCAUUGAGGAGGACAGGACGCAAGUGAUCUGCAUGUGACUCCAUGGUCCAUGCUCCCUCCACCCCAAGGAUGGCUUCUCCAACAUCCUUCCCAGCUCAUCCCAGCGUCGUGUCGCUCUGCCUGCCCACCUGCCCUGCGGAUGCUGUUGAAUCGGUGCCUCUGGACGCCCCAGAUGAUGACCAGAACCCAUUUGCUGGUCUGCGCUUUCUUCAAGGGCCUGGACAUUGAGGUGUUGGCAGCCUGUGUGGGAGACGUUGUCCCGCCUUUCCUCCUGGGACAGGACCCUUCCAAAGCACUUUUUGAUCCAAAUGGUGGCCCAGCAAACUCUGCUGGGGCCUUGGGCCACCUGUUGCUUCUGCCUGAGCUUGGGGCUGUUAAUCCCCAGGAUUAACAGACUGACUGACCAGCCCUGGGAAUUGUCCAUUCGUUUCAAGCAUUUGUCUGGACUCUUGCUGCCCCUCAGUGAUGUUGGCUGCUCCUCCUGGCAACUCUUUUUACAUUUCAUAAUGCUGCAGUGUUGUGGAAGCUGGACCACAGGCAGAAGCUGUGGCAGGGGGACUUAUUGGGGCAAGGCAGACUCUCAGAAGAAACCUUCGCUGCCCCCACUGCUCUGGUUCUUUUUUUUUAAGCCACAAAAGGCACUUGCCGUGGCGGGAGCAGUCCCUGGACUCCCAGGAGUCGGGCUGUGAGCGUCUUGGUGCUACUGCCACUGCUGCUUUGCUUUGCCCAAGGGCUCCUAGAGUUCUAUUUUUGUAUUCAUAUCUGAGAGCUGCCUGUGUUGAUUGAUAUUCUCCCCGCCACCCAGUCCCUUGCUGCCUGCACUGGCUUGCUUUCCUCGUUGUUUUAUGCGCUGUGAGCCUGUCCUACCAGCCUCUCCUCCCUGGCAGCCUGGCAGCUUCUUUGCUCAGUGGACAGAAUCCCUUGCCCAUUCUGCGUGACUGCAGUGGUGCUGGCACAGGACAAGGGCAGCUCUGAUGGGCUAGGCCUCAUUCCCUCUCUCCAGCCUGGCCUGGAAGGUGGGGCUGCUGGAAAAGCACUCCCCUUCCCUCCCUCCCAGUUCUUUUGCACUGACUCAGAUUCCCUCCUGCCUGGUCUGUCUAUCUUUGGAGGGGCGAGAGAGUCCGGUGGGCAAUGGCUAUGUGCCCACCCAAAAGCAUGGUGAAGAAAGCCCUGUUGCCACUGUUGCUCACAGCCCAUUGUGUGUGCGUUGCAGCCUCUGCCUCUAGCCCGCAAGAACUAGCCAUUUUGGCGAUGCUUCUCUUGAGAUCUCUUGAGAUCAGUGUUCUCCCAGGUAGGAAGAUGCAUUGGCUGACACCUCCUGCCUCUUUUGGGGGAGUUUGUCAAAGCAGGGCCAGCCCCCUAGCCCCCAUCAUUGAGAAGCAGCAGAACAGUUUCCCAGGGCAUCCUUCUUCCUUGGCUGUUCUGAGUCGAGUGGAAGGGCAACCAAAGACUGGAGUGGGAGAGAGGGGGGCUCUGCACCAAAGUGCAGCAUCCACACACCAUUAGUACGCUGAAGGCCUCCGUUGCAGUGGCCCCUCAGCCAGGCUGAUGGGCUGCUCCUUUUCUUUGGGUGUGAUGCUCCUUCCUAGAAGAGAAUAGCCGGGUCUGGAAAAGCCACAUUGAGAGAAAAUCUGGCUCUGCUCCCCCAACAUUGCCUCUGUUGCUCAGCCCCUUCUCUCCAUUGCUGCCCCUCCCACAGUGCCAGGCAGCGAGGGCCCUGGGGCAGGCAGACUCUCACACACACCCCUGGCGUUAGACUCAGUGGCUUCCCUUCUCUUGUGUUUAACUAUGUUGCCUAGUGUUUUGUUGGUGUGGCUAUAAAGUUGUUUUUUCUUCUUCUCUC